GUACACAUGAGCAAGGCACUGAACCUCGUGCCUGCAGGUCGGUCAGGUGCAGCUGUGGAGGUUUGGAAUGCAGAGGUGUGAGGAAAGUGUUUGUUGGUGUCAAAUUCUCCACUACAGACACAAUAAAGGCACCAUGAAGAAGUCCCUGGAUGACAUCACCUCUGGCUCUGACCCACGAUGUCCGCUUCUGAUGGAUUUUCCUCCAUGCAAAUUCAUGCUUUCAUCAGAGGAAUCCCAUCAUAAAAGGAGCCCCGGUGUGCUGAGGGAGAGUAAACACCAUCAGCUGUGACAAAGGUGACACACCACAUUUCAUCAAGCAGCUGAAGAAGACUGGCUCCUGUCUCCAUCAUUUGUCCUCAGCAUGAACUCUGCUCCUCUGCUGUUGUUGCUGUGGCUGAUGGGAACUGUUUUGAGCAGUUUCACCCCCACGCCAGCACCAUGUCAGUGUACAACAGGACACAGAAAUUGCAGACGUGUGCAUGUCUCACUCGUGAAUGACCUUCAGAAAACAUCGGUUGCUCCCUGGGAUGAGAAAUUAGACCAUGAUGAGAACAGAUUUCCUCAAAUCAUCAAGAUAGCCAAAUGCAGAAAUUGCACUUUGCCUGACAUGAUCGCCAAACCUAUCUACAUCGAGUAUUAUGUUCAGAAGAAGACACAUCAAGAUGAGUGGUACCGCGCUCCUUACCUGAUGCCUGUCGGCUGCACGUGUGUCAGAAAAUGAGACAAAAACCCCAACACUCAGCAUCCAUUAUGAUUAAGUGAACUAAAGGUAUAAAUUAACAAUAAUGACAAAAGUGAACUGGAGUUCUGAAUAUGAGGAUGUUUUCAGGCACUGUAAAUAUAAUCAUAAUCGCCCAAAUGUAAGAUGAUGGUCAUGAUGAUUUAUCUCCAAAAUAUAUCUGGAAUAUAUGUCAGGUGUCUUAUAAUCAGGCAUGUCUUAUAUUCAUGUUAUGGAUUGUAAAUGGAACCCAAAUGUGAAGACAAGGUCACUUCAAAGGAUGAGGUAAAAAUUCAGUGGAUUAAUAGGGCAAGUCCAACAGAAAACUAUACAAUAGUUUAAUCCAAAAUCAUAUCACUGUCCUGAAUUAAAGAGUAUUUUUACAACAGGAGGAGUGAAGCAGACAGGAGAAAGGCUACA